AUGGCCUUCCUUCGCGGGGUGUCUGACCGCAUCUGGAGUUAUAUGAGCCCGCGUAAGACCCAGCAACGGCGAGACAAGCCCUAUUCCUUCAAAAAACCUGCAGUGCCUACUCGGACUACAGAUGCUCAUCAAGAGGCUGCCAACCCCUCGAUCGUGGAGAAAAGCUCGGAUGCGCCAGUCAAGAUUCGGGACUCACGAUCACCAAGUCCUCGAUGCGACAUCGAUGCGACACUUUUGCCUCCCUCUCCACCCGCUUCAGCCAUGCUCUCCGAUGAUCUAGAAGGUGAUACGCUGUUGCCUUUGUCGCCCACUACGCCCGGUAAGAGAGCAGAGGGCUCAUUGGACGAAUGGGACGCGAAUGAGGAGACCAUGGUAGUGGACGAUGGAACAUACAUGGAUCAGCAAAAGAAUGUCAAUGCUGAAGAGGAGCGAAGGAGAAGAGAUCAGCAGGGACAGGAAUUACGCGAUUCUGGCUGGUCCGAGGACGCGGUAUUUCUUUUUCAGAAGCUUGGGAUGCGCGGCUUCGAGCCUCUCCUCCCCAUUGAGUGGAUCAACGAUUUCGAAACUCUACCCGAAGACCUUUUUACCGAGAAUCUUGACAAGGCUUUUAUAAAACCCGCCUUCGGCACAGAAUACGGUGCACAACAUGCUCUUAACAAGCUCUUCGAUCUCGGGGGUUUCGUACGAGAUGCCUGGCACACGCGAGCAAAGCGGACUCCGGCAUUCCAGAUCGGUAAGGCAGUGAAAGCGUUCACCAAGUGGGCAAUGAAAGACGGUAAAGUUGACCAUCUUUGGUCUCAACUUCCACUGUUCCAAACUGUCACUUUCUCUCGACACGUACAUCCGAGUGUAGGUGAGGAGAAAAUGCUUGAAAAGCUUGGCCGCCUGCACGACCUAUGGUACGAUGCUUUGAAAAUCGGCGAGGCUGAGCAACGUGGAGACUCUGUUGUACCAGAAGUGCCCACACUCUACGGAAUUACAGCAUCGCAUUCCGUCAUGGCAUUCGUCAGCUAUGCUCCCGGCAACAACGACAGGGAUCAGCCCCAACUUCGACUGAUCGCUAUGUUUGACUUCAACAAGGAAGGAUAUGACGUCUGGAACUCACUUGCCAUCGCCAUCUUCAUCAUCCACUGCAGAAACAGGAUGGUGCAGUUGAGCGAGUGCCUCUCGGGACCAGAGACUUUAACAGAGGAAGACCCCGAUCUUUGA